UUAUUAGUUGUUACUAUGUUUUACUGUGUACAUAGUUUGUAAUAUUAUCUAAAUUUAUUUUUUUUUACGCUAGGUACAUCAUUAUUACCACAGAUCAUAAUAUAAAUUAUAAUCUAUGUUAUUACUUACUAGUUACUAUUAUUAUUAUUUACUAUAAUACUGCUUCCAUAAUUCAUAAAUCACAUUAAUCACAAUAUUGACGAAAUAUUCUUAAAUCUUUACUCUAUUGAACUAUCACAAUAGCGAUAUUGUUAUAUUAAAUUAUCUAGGAAUCAGUAGUUCUGGUAUCCAGAAUCUGACGCUUUCGGUCUAGUAAUAUUUCGUAAAUAUAAUAACUAUGGAAAACACAGAAAAGUAUAUUCCGGUGUGUGAAUGCGAAGGCGAAGAUUUUAUGGAGAUACCGUUGGAGAGCGAUGGUACUCUGUCAACAGCUACACUGAGCGCAUACUUUCCCGGAGUCACAGGUCUCAAGUUCCGUCUUGAUUCAUAUUCACCGUAUAGAGCACUUAGACUGUACGACGGUAAAUUCCACGCUCCCGAAGGCAGUUGGGCUGGUCACAAGUUCUACUGUGUCCAUCCCAAGGGUGAUAAAAGAAAACUAGAAGAGACUGACUGCAAACCUUCUAAGGGUUACCACAGUAUGAGUUGUACGGAUCUGAUUGUUUUGGGUUUACCUUAUCAACUGUCAGAAACUCAAAUGCGAGAAUAUUUUGUACAAUUCGGAAAACUAGUCAUGGUUCAGAUAAAGCGAGAUGCGUCUGGAAAUUCUAAAGGAUUUGGGUUUAUUCGAUAUGAAGAUUAUAGUUCUCAGGCAAAAGCCCUUGGACAGCGGCAUUAUGUUAAUAAUCGAUGGGUUGAAGUCAAAAUACCUGCCUCAAAAUAUGGCGAGAUCACCGAUGUAUUCAUACCAAAACCAUUUAGAGCCUUUGGUUUUGUUACCUUUAAUGAUGCCUCUGUAGCACAAAGCCUCUGUGAUGAAGACCAUAUUGUUAAAGGAGUAUCUCUUCAUAUAUCUGAAGCAAAUCCUAAGUCUGACCAAAACAGGGAUAAACAAGUUAGUAACCAACAACAAUAUAUGAGCAGUGUUCUAACAAAUGGAAUGCUCGCUGCAGCACUUAACCAAGUUGCAUAUCAAACACAACCAAUUCCUUACCAAACCCAUCGUACGUAUGGAAAAGUACAAGACUGGAAACGCCGGGAUCUAACGAAUUCUGAAACUUCGAAUGCAAUUUCUCUAUUUAAUUAGGUUACAUUAGUUACUAAAAAAAAAUAUCCUAUUUUAUAAAAUCAAAAUAAAUAUUAUAUUGAUUAUACAGCUGUUUUACCUCUGCAUUUUCUAUAUUCUAUAAUUUUAUGUUGACAUUUAAUAAAUACAUGAAGUGUAUAAAUAUGACACAAUUGUUUUAAAGAAUAAUUGUUAACUUAAAAAAUGAUAUUUUUAUCUUAUUAAAUUGAAGAUAUUUUUUUUAA